AUGGACCACAACAGAAGUCCGUAUCCUGAUGCUGUUACAUUUCAGGGGCCCAAAAUGCUUGGGAUAUGCUCUCUGACGAGCAGUCACAGAUACACAUCACUACUGGUUCUGGUGACCUCAAUGGCAUACUUGGUGGCGGGAUUCACUGCAAAGAAGUUACUGAGACCGGUGGUGUCCCAGGGGUUGGUAAAACUCAACUGGGAUACAGAGGGCAGUUUCAUGGUUGAACGUGUCUACCAGAUUGCUGAAGGGUGUAUCAGGGACAUACUGGAGCACUUUCUGCACAGCCAUGAGAAGUCCUCUUCUGGCAAAAAACAAUUACAGCCUGAGCAUUUCCUGGCGGACAUCUAUUACUUCCGAAUAUGCAGUUACACCGAACAAAUUGCAGUCAUAAACUACCUGGAAAAAUUCCUUGGAGAGCAUAAAGAUGUGCGUAUUGUUAUUAUUGAUAGUGUUACUUUCCACUUUCGACAAGAUUUUGAAGAUCUAGCAUUGAGGACCAGAGUGCUAAGUGGAUUAUCAUUGAAGUUAAUGAAGAUUGCAAAGACAUAUAACUUGGCAGUUGUCUUGUUGAACCAAGUCACUACUAAAUUUACUGAAGGGUCAUUUCAAUUGACUCUUGCUCUAGGUUGGCUUUCUGUUCUAGUGCUGGCACACACUUCCAGUGACUAA